UUACAUGUGUUAAUUCUUAAUACAAUUCCUUUCAAAUAAAUUAUUUUUAUCAAUUUUUUCUUAUUAAAUUAAAUCUUGACAUUUCUAAAAAAUUCCUAUUAUUAUUUAUUAUUAUUAUUAUCAAAAUAAUUGUUUUAAUAAAAUCAAUGAAAUUUAUAAAUCUUUAGAAAAAAAUAUGAAUUAUCAAAAAAGUGAAUUCAUUGUUUCUGGUCUACAAUCUUGAAUAAUAUAAAAUUUUUAUAUAAUUUAUCUCAUUAUAUACACAUAUUUAAUUAAAACAAAAAAGAUUCCUGAAGUUUGCUUCUUGAUUAUAAAAAAAAUAUUAAUAACGAAUAUGAAGUUUUUUUUUUUUGAAUAAACAUUUACAAUGAAUCUAGAAAUCAGUUAACAUUUUUAUAUCAUGACAAUGAUAAAAAAAAAGAAAAAAACUAACCCAUAAAUAACAAUGAUAGAUGUACCCAUAUUCGCAACUCUACUCAAGCGUGGCCCUGACCGGAGGGUACUGGUAAAAAGAGGGGAAGGAAGGCCAGAGAAAGUAGGAGGUGUGCAUCGUUUAUCCCUCUUUGACGGGGUGGGCGUCCGACGAUGUCUGCGUACGCCCCUGUCUAACGAACCUCUGCUCACUGUCAGCUAUCAGGAAUAAGCAACGACCAAUCAGAGCUUCCGUCCGAUCACUUGGCGGACGGCGACGUUGCCACCUUGUGUACCGCCCCACGGCAAAAGUAGUCCUCUCAUAGCGGUAUUCGUAGCCUUGUUUUCGCGAGGGACGGCCGACAAACACGUUGCGAUCUACGUGCACGUGUUAAAAUCACGUUGAAAUUAUAUCGUGCAUCGUGGUAUAAAAUCAACAUAAUAUUGUUUCCUGAACGAAGACUUCAUUUAAUCAAAGAACAUUGGUAGAGAGAUUUUUAUUUUAAACGUCAUAGAAAGAAGAGAGAAUAUCGGCUUGUCCUAUAUCUUUACUUUUGGCGGCAAUUUUGAACAUAGUUAAUUUUCUGGUGUUACAAAACCAAUGAUAAAGAAUAGAUUUAUAAUUGACUUAUAUUUCAUGUAAUCAUAUUUCUUAAGAAAGAUUAUAAUAAUAAUAUACAAAGUGUAUCGACCAAAAAAGGAGAACAUAGAUCGUUGACUACGAUCACUGAGUAGUGUGCGCGCGCGCGCGCAUAUAUCCCGUAACGCUUAGGUAUUUAUCGGUAUGUAGGUAUGUGUAUAAGCGCGCUUUAAAAUUGCGAAUAUUCAAUUUAAUUAUCUUCCUUUUCACCUUUUUUGAAAAAACUUUAUAAUUGACAUAUUAUAAAAUCUUUAAUUAAAAUUUAGUUAUUCGCUACGUUCUAUAAUGGCCGUCUCAGAUACAUCUUUUGAGCCGAACAGAUGAAACAGAAAACAUACAAACAUAGAAGAGCUAUUAUUCUGGUUUUCGAAGAAAAAACAAGUGGCGGGAGAGAGUGCAGAGUGGACGUUUCUGUGGAGAAGCCACGUGCCAUUCGUGAGUUAGGUGGAGUCCCAUGUGCAAAGUGGGUGGAGGCUGCAUCGUGAGGCUGCCUUCCCCGUUAUCGCAGGUACAUGAACGUGUUAGUGAGCGGACAGUCGACAAGCGACCGAGUGGGCGGGUGUGACGACAUACAAUGUAUUUCUGUGUAGUAGUAUACGCGUCCUUGCCAUAGUGUGCGAUAUUUCGAACGUCAGCGGGUGGGGCGGCAGGAACAGGGGCGUAGAGAGGCGGUCCUCGAUUGGGUUCUCGAGGAAUACUCUCUGGCCUUCUUUGUCUUUAAAGAGUGUUGUCUUCGCACGUGUCAAUAUCGUUUAAAUCAUUAAUGUUUCUUAUUUAGAUGCUUCAAGACAAUUCAUAUGCACUGUUUUUUGUUGAUUUUUAUUAAAUCGCAAAUGAAUUUUAAGUUGUGUAUAGUUUGAUAAAAAUAAAGAGAAAGGAAAAACAAAGCCAAAUGCAGUGUUCGAGCAGGAUUAAACGCUCUUCAAGUGAGCGUUUCCAUAUACUACAAAAUAAAUAGUCAACCUAGUUCAGUAUAGCAAAGAAUGGAUUCCUAGCAUAAGAAUAUUCAAUAUAAAUCUAACGUUAUUAGCAUUAAAAAUAAAUUACAAAUAUAUUCACCAUGAAGCGAAGUUUGGAUGGACGAAAUAUCUCUCAGGAGGAGAUUGAUGACCAUGAUCCUUUACAAACACAACAACAACAGCAACAACAGCAACAACAAGAUGAAACUGAACAACAACAACAACUAGAACAGCAAACUGGACAACCUCAAAUUCGUUUUUUAAGUGCAAAUGUUUUGCAACAUUUACAGCAACAGCAAGAUGUUCAGCAACAAACACAACAACAACAACAGCCACAAGUUAUUACUUUGCAGCAAUUGCAAAAUUUUGUGCCUUUACAGACUCAACAAUCACAGCAUGAUCAACAAAGGGCACAAACUAUUUCUGUGCAGUCUUUACCUCAACAAUUUUUACAGGGUGCUCAGUUGAUUAGUACUCAAACUCAAGCUGCGCUUCAGCAACAACAACAACAAACACAGCAACAGCAAACACAGCAGCAACCACAACAGCAGCAACCACAACAACAACUCAGUUAUAGUGUUAUACCACAGAUGCAAACUGUUAACAUUGAUGGUCAAGAGGCACUUUUCAUUCCAUCUUCUGCCAUGUCUGCUGCAGGAGGACAUCAUCAAAGUCAACCUACAAUGCAAUUUGCCACUGCUAAUGGACAACAAGUCCAACUUGCUAGCCAGCAAGUACAGUUAGCUAAUGGUCAAACUAUUAUUACACCACAACCAGUUAGUUUAAUAAGAGCACCAAAUGUCUUUCCCACUUCUAUUAUACAGAAUAUCACUGGACAGACUGUUCAACUACCAACAGGACAAAGUGUACAAGUUAGACCACUUCAAUUUCCUAUGCAACAUGUUCAACAAACUGUACCUGUGCAAGUACCAGUUACAGCUAGUAAUGGACAGACAGUUUAUCAAACUGUACAUUUUCCUGUUCAAGCAUUAUCCAGUGUUUUUAAUGUGCCUGCCACACAAAUGAUACCACAAAUCACACAACAAAUUCCACAAGUGGCUCAAAUAAUUACACCAAAUGGACAAAUUCAGCAAGUUCAAAUUGCUAAUUUACCACAACUUCAAAGUUUACAGAGUCAGCAAGUAACUCAAGUAGCACAGCAACAAGCACAACAACAAGUAGUGCAACAACAAACUCAACCACAAGUAGUACAGUCUGUACAACAACAACAACAACAACAACAACAACAAGCAGCGCAAGCUCAAGUACAACAACAACAGCAGCAGCAGCAGGUACAACAAGUUGUACAACAAGUGAUACAGCAACAGCAACAACAACAAGUUCAACAAGCACAACAAUCAUCUGCUGCACCGUCGUCAACUGUAGCGACUUGGAGCACAACAGUAACGACUCCAAGUAAUGUCCAGGUACUUGGAAUUGGUGCACUUGGAAGACCAAUACAAGCAAACAGUAAUGUAAUUACUACGAAAGAUGGACAGAAAAUUGAUGUGCAAACACUGUCGGCUUUAACAAGGCCACCGGAUUCGGUUGAAGGUGAUAUAAAAGUAACUAGUAUUGAUGCCAGACAAUUAGCUAGUGGUCAAGUUAUACAUAUUCCUGCUCAAUCAACACAGCCUGCUGUUCAACCUAUAACAAUUGCAGGUACACAAGCGCAACAGCUAACUUUAAUUCCUGCAUCUGCAUUAGCAAAUUUAACUGCCCAGCAAGGUUUGGGUAAUGUACAAGUUAUACCUGCAAGUGCUCUUCAGCCUGCUACUGUUCAAACGCUACCUGCAACAGCAGCUACACCUAUUGUUGCUGCUCCAACUGUGCAAUUAGAUUCAAAUGAUCCAACAAAGUGGCAAAUUUUGCAAACUCUUCAGUCAAAUAACACAUUGGCAACACCUACUCCUACAUCACAUCAGCAUCAAGUAACAACUGCAACAUCUGCAAAUAUUGAAACAGAUUCUAAUAAGCAACAUCGUAGGAGAGUUGCUUGCACAUGUCCUAAUUGUGGUGAUGGUGAUAGGAAUAGAGAUAUGACUAGAAAAAGACAACAUGUUUGCCACAUAGCAGGCUGUAAUAAAGUAUAUGGAAAAACAAGUCAUCUUCGGGCUCAUUUAAGGUGGCAUACUGGAGAACGACCAUUUGUUUGUAGUUGGAUAUUUUGUGGUAAGAAAUUUACUAGAUCAGAUGAGCUUCAGAGGCAUCGUAGAACUCAUACUGGCGAAAAAAGAUUCCAAUGCCCGGAGUGUACUAAAAAAUUUAUGCGAUCAGAUCAUUUGACGAAACAUAUAAAAACACAUACGAAGAUUCGAAGUACGGAAGCUGCUACUUCGACGCAGGAAGGUUCUUCUGACAGUCAAUCUUCCACGGAAGAAAAAAUUAUUAUUGCUCUCAAAGAAACGGAACAAUCUGAUAUCGUUAUUUCCGAGCAAAUAGAUGAAAUAAAACCUCAACUGGCGAAUCAUGUAACAAAUGAAUAAAAAAAGAAUCAUGUUUUUUUUCGCCUUUGAAAGGUUUAGGAAUAAAAGAACUUGUUAAAGCAUUGAUUGUUAUGUUAACAACAUCGAAGAAAAAUUAAAAAAUCUAAAUAGUGUUACGUUAAUUACGGCGGUUUGCACAGAUUUUGCAAUUAUUUUUUGCAAUGAAAGAAAAAAAAUGAAACUUUUUACAGGGAUUACCAUAAUUCUCGAUAUAAUGAAUGAUCUAUUUUUGUAUUAAAUGAAUUUUGUAAAUAUGUAUAAUAAUUGUAUAUUAAUUGUAAAAAGAAAAAUUUUUUGCACAAAAUGAAUUUUACACUUAUAAA